AUGAGCGAUCGGCGGCCGAUCAGUUUAGAGGAGGGAUGGGAGCAGAUGCGGAGGGGCAUCGACAAGCUGGAGAAGUUUCUGGAGGGCGUGCCGGACCAGCGCUUCACGCACGAGGAGUACAUCAACCUCUACACAAUCAUCUACAACAUGUGCACGCAGAAGCAUCCUCAAGACUACUCACAGCAGCUGUACGAUAAAUAUCGCGGGGCCUUCGAGGAUUACAUCCGAGCCAUGGUACUGCCGUCGCUGCAGGAGAAGCACGACGAGUUCAUGCUCAAGGAGCUGGUGCGGCGGUGGGACAACCACAAGCUCAUGGUGCGCUGGCUCUCGCGCUUCUUCAACUACCUCGACCGCUACUACAUCCCCCGCCGCCAGCUGCCCACGCUCAAGGAAGUCGGCCUCUCCUGCUUCAAGGACCUCGUGUACGAGGAGAUCAGGAUCAGCGUCAAGGAUGCCGUGCUCGACCUGGUGAACAAGGAGCGGGAGGGCGAGCAGAUUAACCGCGCGGGCGUGAAGAACGUGGUGGGGAUAUUCGUGGAGAUCGGCAUGGACACCAUGGACAACUACGAGCAGGACCUCGAGGUCUUCAUGCUGCACGCCACCUCCGCCUACUACUCGCGCAAGGCCGCCUCCUGGAUCAUGGACGACUCCUGCCCCGACUACCUCCUCAAGGCGGAGGAGUGUUUGAAGAGGGAGAAGGAGCGUGUGUCGCACUACCUGCAUGCGUCCAGUGAAGGCAAGCUGCUCGAGAAGGUGCAGCACGAGCUGUUGACGCAGUACGAGCAGCAGCUGUUGGAGAAGGAUAACUCAGGCUGCCGAGCUCUGCUGCAGGACGACAAGGUGGACGAUCUGUCGCGCAUGUACCGCCUCUUCUGCCGCAUCCCCAAGGGCCUUGAGCCCAUCGCCACCAUCUUCCGCCAGCAUGUGACGGACGAGGGUACAGCGCUGGUGAAGCAGGCAGAGGAUGCCGCCAGCAACAAGAAGGCGGAGAAGAAGGACAUAGUGGGGGCGCAGGAGCAGGCGUUUGUGCGCAAGGUGAUAGAGCUUCACGACAAGUACCUGCAAUACGUCAGCCACUGCUUCCUCAACCACUCGCUCUUCCACAAGGCGUUGAAGGAGGCGUUUGAGACGUUUUGCAACAAGGGCGUGGGCGGCAGCACGAGUGCGGAGCUGCUGGCGACGUUCUGUGACAACCUGCUCAAGAAGGGCGGCAGCGAGAAGCUCAGCGACGAGGCCAUCGAGGACACACUUGAAAAGGUGGUGAAGCUGCUGGCGUACAUCAGUGAUAAGGACCUGUUUGCUGAGUUCUACCGCAAGAAGCUGGCGCGGCGGCUGUUGUUUGACAAGAGUGCGAACGACGACCACGAGCGCAGCAUUCUUACCAAGCUCAAGCAGCAGUGUGGCGGCCAGUUCACCUCCAAGAUGGAGGGCAUGGUGACGGAUCUGACGCUGGCGAGGGAGCAGCAGACAGCGUUUGAGGAGUAUCUGGCGGACAACCCCGGGCACAGUCCGGGCAUAGACCUCACCGUCACCGUGCUCACCACGGGCUUCUGGCCCUCCUACAAGUCAUCCGACCUCGCCCUGCCCGCUGAAAUGGUGCGGUGUGUGGAGGUGUUCAAGGAGUUUUACCAGACGAAGACGAAGCACCGCAAGCUGACGUGGAUCUACUCGCUGGGCACGUGCAACAUCACGGGCAAGUUCACAGCGAAGCCCAUCGAGCUCAUCGUGACCACGUACCAGGCCGCCGUGCUGCUGCUCUUCAACGCAUCCGAGCGCCUCAGCUACAGCGACAUCAAGAACCAGCUGAAUCUCACGGACGAGGAUAUUGUGCGCUUGCUGCACUCCCUCUCCUGCGCCAAGUACAAGAUUCUUGUGAAGGAGCCCGCUGGCAAGACCAUUGAGCAGAGCGACGUGUUCGCUUUCAACCCGUCUUUCACAGACAAGAUGAGGCGCAUCAAGGUGCCACUGCCGCCCAUGGACGAGAAGAAGAAGGUGAUAGAGGACGUGGACAAGGAUCGGCGGUACGCCAUAGACGCAUCCAUCGUGCGCAUCAUGAAGAGCCGCAAGGUGCUGGGCCACCAGCAGCUCGUGCUCGAAUGCGUCGAGCAACUAGGCCGCAUGUUCAAGCCGGACUUCAAGGUGAUCAAGAAGCGCAUUGAGGACCUGAUUGCGCGUGAGUAUCUGGAGCGAGACAAGGAGAACCCCACCAACUUCAGAUACCUUGCUUGA